UUUUUUACGACCAUUUUUGCAAUUACGGUUGUAUAUCAUCCUCUAUUGCAAACUGGUUUGAGCUCGAGAGGUCGGAAUGGCGACAAACGGCGCUACCGGUGACGGAAGCGAUCCCGCAAACACUAUUAAAAUUAGCGUGAAGUUCAACGGACGAUCGAUACCGGUGAACCUUUCUGUUGAAUCAACCGUUAAAGACCUAAAGUCUGCGCUUCAACCACUCACCGAUGUUCUUCCUCGCGGUCAAAAACUUAUCGCUAAAGGGAAAAUUCUUGACGAUGAAAUGAAGUUUAGUUCAUUGGGGACAUACAAUGGAGUCUAUAAGAUCCAGCUCUUAGCUUCCCAGGGUCUACAUCAAGGGAGUGGUCCGAUCAAAAAGGAAUCUCCGGUGGUCUCAAAUUUAAGAAGAACUUCUGAGAACAAUAGAAAGGAGAAACAAGCGACUGUCGUGAAGAGUCAAUUUGAAAGAUGGAAGCUUACUGGAGUCAUAGCACUUUCUAAUGGUGACAUAAAGGUCAUACCUCAAGAAGUAUGGAAUUGUGGAUCUUCUGUAAGAUUUCUUGAUCUCAGUUGUAACUCGAUACAAGAUAUACCCGAAGCUAUUGGUGGAUUGAGUUCUUUGCAGAAACUUCUCUUGAAUUCAAACUGCAUAGAAGACGAAUCUGUUAGCUGGAAAGGACUUUCAGCAUUAAAAUCUCUUUCUUUUCUGUCUUUGAGCCAGAAUCUUUUGACAACUUUACCCUCCGAUUUGGGAGCAUUAACUACUUUGAAGGAACUUCAUGUUGCAAACAACAAGUUAACAUGUCUUCCUGAUGAAAUAGGAUUUCUAGCUCAUCUCGAGGUUUUAGAAGCUAAUGACAAUAGGAUUAGCACCAUCACUUCAUGCAUAGGGAGCUGUUCUUCUCUUGUUGAAGUUGAUCUUUCAUCAAAUCUUCUUGUAGAGCUUCCAGAAACUUUCAGCAAUUUAGGAAAUCUCAAGGCUUUACAUCUCCACAACAACGGGCUUAAAUCACUUCCUAUGACACUAUUAAAAAAUUGCACCCAACUUUCAACCCUAGACCUCCAUGGCACGGAAAUAACAAUGGACAUGCUUCGAGAGUUUGAAGGAUGGGAAAGCUUUGACGAGAGGCGUGUGCUAAAGCAUUCCAAACAACUUGCGUUUCGGGUGAGGGGAGCAUCUUAUUUUGACGAAGGUGCCGAUAAAAGUUAAUAAAUAUUUUUGAUGUUUCAAGACUUUGAGAGAUGUGUUUAGCAUUGAUAGCAUGUGUUCUAUUCUUGUGAAAUUUUGUAUCUUUUUGUUGACAUGAAUAUGUUUGUUGUUGAUGUGGACCGAUGAUGUGACGGCUUAUGAGAACAUCUCCAACAUAGCUUAAAUUUUUAUACCAAAAUGGUGUAAAAAAAUGGUGCGAUAUUGUUUUA